AAAAAUUUCAAGUACGCCCAAAUUGUAAUGGUUUUGGAGAGAAGUGUGGAUAAACGAACAUUGGCAACAGUACAGCUUGAUUAUUCUAUUAGAAUGAAUGACCCUGGGAGAGAGACACGAGGGCUAAUGGUUAUUAGGCAAACUAAAAAGACGAGAGCUAAACAGCGAAAACAAGCUAUUGCCAAUUGGAAAUCAAUAGGCCGCAAAAUUAUCACAAUGGCCAAAGAACUUGGAUUAGAAGCAACAAGUUAUUUACUUCACAGCCACGAUAGACUAGUCACCGAUGAGACUGUUGGAGGAGGUGGUGGGCAGAACCCUAGAAACUCUUUUGGAAUACGCCCUCCAACCUCGAUAGCUGGUAAUAGUUCUCCAAACAGUUACAGACCUGGUGGAGGGAGGAAGAUAUAUACAAGAGGUGUUGGAGAUGGUGGAGGGGAGGAUGCUGGUGAUCGGGAGGAGAAUAUAAAACUAAACGCUGGAAAUGACAAUACUAACCAUGUCAACUUUCAAUAUUAUCGACUAGAAGAUCGCCAAAUGUCUCCAGCAUUGCGUUCUGUCGUUACCCAUGCAGCAAUAAACAAUGCAAAAUUAAUGCAGAUGAAUAAUCAAAAACAGCUUCAGCUAGCAGGCCAUCGAAAACUUGCAAAUGGAAAUAUACUUCCCGGAGUAGCAGACGCAGCUAGGAGGCUUUUAGUUUCAGCUAAAGGAACAUCAGAAGAGCGAAUAAUUUCAUCGUUUACCGAAAUUCAGUUACCUGUCUAUUCCAAUAUUAAAAACCAACAACACCAACACGUUCAUCUUACCCAACGUAAAUUGGUUCCCUCUGUAGGGAGUAGAGUAAGGGGUGUUGAAAUGUUACCUUCUAACGAUGUUCCAAACAUUCCUGCUUCGGAAAUUAAGACAGAUUUCAACUUCCCUCCACCAUUAUACGAGGAAACUGAAGUAGAUUCCAACAGAAAUACAAUAAUACAAAUGGACGAAGGCAGAAUAGUAACUAAUAGCGAGCCUUCAAGUGAUAACGAAAAUGGAAGACAAAAUCGUUACAAGAAGCGCCUAUCAACCGAAAACAUUUCGUCCCUCUCCAUUAACGAUAAAGUUAAAGCAGCAAAUUUGUUCCGUAAAAAGGACAGUCCACAGGAAGCCGCUGCUAAGGGAAAAAGAAGGACAAUAAAAAUAAAUAAAUCUGCUUCAAUAUCAGCUUCUUCUUCUGCAGCAUCUUCUAAUGAUUCGAGGGUUGUUAACAAAAAAGAAAAAAAUAUAUCGAGUAAGGAUGAUAAGAAAUCUUGAUUAUUUUUCAUAUGUAGUAGAGGGAUUGUUUG